AUAAAACGUAUCGAGACGUAAAAUCUCCUGUAUCGGAGAAAAGGGACACGCAGUGGUUAUCAGAGAGCAGGACACUUAGCUUUUUAUUUAAGUUUUAUCACUAAAUAAUAAUACACCAUGAAUAACACUCUAAACCAACAUUAUGAGGAGAAGGUGCGUCCCUGUAUAGACCUUAUUGACUCCCUGCGCUCCCUUGGUGUGGAGAAGGACCUUGCGCUGCCUGCCAUCGCCGUGAUAGGCGACCAGAGUUCGGGAAAGAGCUCGGUGCUGGAGGCGCUGUCUGGGGUGGCUUUGCCAAGGGGGAGUGGUAUUGUAACACGAUGCCCUCUCGAGCUGAAGAUGAAGAGGAAGAGAGAAGGAGAAGAAUGGCACGGAAAAAUCAGCUACCAAGACCAUGAGGAGGAGAUUGAGGAUCCCUCUGAUGUGGAGAAGAAAAUUCGUGAAGCCCAGGAUGAAAUGGCAGGUGUGGGGGUGGGUAUCAGUGAUGACCUCAUCAGCCUAGAGAUUGGCUCCCCUGACGUCCCAGACCUCACACUCAUCGACCUGCCAGGCAUCGCCCGGGUAGCUGUCAAAGGUCAACCUGAGAACAUUGGUGAACAGAUUAAGAGACUGAUACGGAAGUUCAUCAUGAAGCAAGAAACAAUCAACUUGGUGGUUGUGCCAUGCAAUGUUGACAUUGCAACCACAGAAGCUUUGCAGAUGGCACAAGAGGUGGACCCUGAAGGGGAAAGGACAUUAGGCAUCCUGACCAAGCCUGACCUGGUAGACAAAGGCACAGAGGAGACGGUGGUGGACAUAGUUCAUAAUGAGGUUAUCCACCUGACUAAGGGCUACAUGAUAGUCAAGUGCAGGGGCCAGAAAGAGAUCAUGGAGCGAGUCUCACUGACCGAGGCCACAGAGAGGGAGAAGGCUUUCUUCAAAGAGCACGCUCAUCUCAGCACACUUUAUGAUGAGGGCCAUGCCACCAUCCCUAAACUGGCAGAGAAAUUAACUCUUGAACUGGUGCAUCAUAUCGAGAAAUCCCUGCCUCGUCUAGAAGAGCAGAUUGAGGCAAAGCUGUCAGAGACACAUGCCGAGCUGGAAAGAUAUGGUACCGGACCCCCUGAGGACUCGGCAGAAAGGAUAUACUUCCUGAUCGAUAAAGUGACUGCGUUCACCCAGGAUGCCAUCAACCUGAGCACUGGGGAGGAGCUGAAGAGUGGAGUUCGUCUCAAUGUCUUUUCCACACUCAGACAAGAGUUUGGGAAAUGGAAGCUACACCUGGAUCGCUCUGGAGAAAACUUUAACCAGAGGAUCGAGGGAGAAGUGUCUAAUUAUGAGAAGACGUACCGUGGAAGGGAGCUCCCAGGGUUCAUCAACUACAAGACCUUUGAGGUGAUGGUGAAAGACCAGAUCAAACAACUCGAGGAACCAGCAGUCAAGAAACUGAAGGAGAUUUCAGAUGCCGUUAGGAAGGUGUUCUUACUGCUGGCUCAGAGCAGCUUCACUGGAUUUCCUAACCUCCUGAAAUCAGCAAAGACAAAGAUUGAGGCCAUUAAGCAGGUGAAUGAGUCUACAGCUGAGUCCAUGUUGAGGACUCAGUUCAAGAUGGAGAUGAUAGUGUACACACAGGACAGCACCUACAGCCACAGUCUGAGUGAGAGGAAGAGGGAGGAGGAAGACGACCGACCCUUACCAACCCCUAAGAUAAGGAGUACGAUCUUUAGCACAGACAACCAUGCCACCCUACAGGAGAUGAUGCUGCACCUCAAGUCCUAUUACAGGAUAUCCAGUCAGCGUCUGGCUGAUCAGAUUCCCAUGGUGAUCCGCUACCUGGUCCUGCAGGAGUUUGCUUCCCAGCUGCAGAGGGAGAUGCUUCAGACUCUGCAGGAGAAGGACAACAUCGAGCAGCUGCUGAAGGAGGACUUUGACAUCGGCAGCAAGAGGGCUGCACUGCAGAACAAGCUCAAACGCCUGAUGAAGGCACGCAGCUACCUAGUUGAGUUCUAGCAUGGACAGCUGCUUGUUAACAUUUAGGAUGGUCUUGGUUUUUUUUCUUUUAAAUUGAAUGUAUUUUUUGGGAGGAUAACAGACAUAUUCAACUAAAUGUACAAUGUGGACCCAGAGGAUAUCACUUGAAAGUAUGAAUUAAAAUGCUUGUUUCCAAAGUGGUCCUCAAUGGUAAAAACAAUAACACAUAUAAAUGAUUAAAAGGCAAGACAAAAUUACAAACCAUAAAUACAUUCAUUUAUAUUGACGUCCUAAAAAGUGGCACUAUUCACUGCACUUUUCCCUUACCUGUUUGUCCAUUUCAUGGGGUCUUAACUUACCUUAAAUCAACUAUAUUCAUUUCACAUUCAAACAAACUAUUAAUUGGACAUCAUACCGAUCCUUCAAAUAAAUACACCUGACCAGCAGUAGGGGGCACACGGGGCAGUGGAGUGGUUUCUCUUACUCAGACAACCUUCUCCAAAUGAAAACAUUUGCCUGCUUUUUAAACCUAUUUUUUACUUUUUCUUUGCUUGAUCUCGAAGGGGAGGCUACUCCAAAGAGACAAAUGCCUUUAUAAAAAAAAUGUGCUCCUCGCAGUACGUUUACUCUUGGGAUUUUACAAGACAUAACACUAGCUAUGGUAUUGUAACUGUGCUGGUUAUAGAUCAUAUCAAUGUGUUUUUUCAUAUAACCUGGGGCAUGAUCAUUUAAGAUGUCAAACAUAUGAUCCAUUUUAAGUUGGUCCACUCUGUACUCCAAAGGCAACAAGCCCACCUCCCUAUGUGGAUCCUAGGGAGGACAUUCAGCAUAUACCUGAUAGCAUUAUUUUGCAUGCGUCUUUUUCAGCGUUUUUGAUAGCCCAAUAUACCAAGCAGAGCAGGCAUAAUCAUAAUGACACUGAAUCAAGGUUGAAACAAGCAGUUCUAAACUUUGAUGUUAAAAUAUCUAGUGUUACUGACCAUAUAGAGAGCCUUUUUAUUACCUAUUUUGGUUAGGUCGGGGUGUGACUAGGGUGGGUAAUCUAGGUUGUUUAUAUCUAUGUUGGCCGGGUAUGGUUCCCAACCAGAGGCAGCUGUUUAUCGUUGUCUCUGAUUGGGGAUCAUAUUUAGGCAGCCAUUUUGGUUUUUGUGGGAUUUUGUUUAUGUGUAGUUGCCUGUGAACACUCCAUAGCUUCACGUGUUGUUUGCUCUUUAUUGUUUUUGUGUGUUUCACGAAUUAAAAGAUGUGGAACCCA